AUGGUGCACCCCAAUGUUUUCUCCAAACAUGUUGUGUCUCCAGAUGCCAAAGGUGUUGUUGUGAAGGCAGUAGAUGUUGGCAACCAAUUUCAAAAUGAGGAAGAGUUUGAAUUUCGUGAUCACGUGCUUCAACGGAUUCAUACGGAGGCCUCAAAACUAAGAUUUAGUAUGGUAAUCAGAAGAUCCGAUAAUGGUUCAGAUAGAAGAUGUGCAUUUGUGACAAUGACAUACGAAAGAAGUGGGAAAUAUAUACCUAAUCUUUGGAAUUUUAAACCAGAUGACAUCGAUUCAAGAAAAUGUGAGUGUACCAUUAAGUUGCAUGGUUAUAUGUUGUCAAAUAAGAAAUGGAGAUUUAAUGUCAUAUGUGGUUUACAUAACCAUGACUUGUUGAAAAGUUAG